AUGUGGAGUGGGGUGGCCCUGGAGGACCGGGUACCCCAGGAAGUGCCCGUGUUUGGGCUAAUUCCAAACUUUUUCUCUCUUGUCAGUGGGAGUCGAUCUUCGAAAACGUUCAAACCCAAGAAGAACAUUCCCGAAGGCUCCCACCAGUACGAGCUCCUGAAACAUGCGGAAGCGACGCUGGGGAGCGGCAACCUCCGACAAGCGGUGAUGCUGCCGGAGGGAGAGGACCUCAACGAGUGGAUCGCCGUUAACACGGUGGAUUUCUUCAACCAAAUCAACAUGUUGUACGGGACCAUCACAGAGUUCUGCACGGAGGCGAGCUGCCCGGUCAUGUCUGCGGGACCAAGGUAUGAGUACCACUGGGCAGACGGCACCAACAUAAAGAAACCAAUCAAGUGCUCGGCUCCCAAGUACAUCGAUUACUUGAUGACGUGGGUGCGGUACCAGCUGGACGACGAAACGCCCUUCCCUUCCAAAAUUG